CGCUGGGGCCCGCCCGCGGGGCCGGCCGCCUGUCAGAGGGAGGUGGCGAUGGUGCGCCCGGUGGCGGCGGUGGCUGCGGAUGCUUCCUCGGUUGGAUUGCAGCGAGGAGAAGAUGACUGACCAACCGACUGGCUGAAUGAAUGAAUGGCGGAGCCGAGCGCGCCAUGAGGAGCCUGCCGAGCCUGGGCGGCCUCGCCCUGUUGUGCUGCGCCGCCGCCGCCGCCGCCUCAGCCGCCUUGGCGGGGAAUGUCACCGGUGGCGGCGGGGCCGCGGGGCAGGUGGACGCGUCGCCGGGCCCUGGCUUGCGGGGCGAGCCCAGCCACCCCUUCCCUAGGGCGACGGCUCCUACGGCCCAGGCCCCGAGGACCGGGCCCCUGCGCGCCACCGUCCACCGACCCCUGGCUGCGACUUCUCCAGCCCCGUCCCCGGAGACCACCCCUCCUCGGGCGACAGCCAGACCCGCUUCCACCACCUUUCAGGCGCCGCUCGGCCCCUCGCCGACUACCCCUCCGGCGGCGGAACACACUUCGACGACCUCUCAGGCGCCGACCAGACCCGCGCCGACCACCCUUUCGACGAUCACUGGCCCGGUGCCGACCACCCCUGUAGCGACCACCGUACCGGCGCCCACGACUCCCCGGACCCCGACCCCCGAUCUCCCCAGCAGCAGCAGCAGCAGCAGCAGCGUCCCCCCAACCCCACCUGCCACCGAGGCCCCCUCUUCGCCUUCUCCAGAGUAUGUAUGUAACUGCUCUGUGGUUGGAAGCCUGGAUGUGAAUCACUGCAACCAGACCACAGGGCAGUGUGAGUGUCGGCCAGGUUAUCAGGGGCUUCACUGUGAAACCUGCAAAGAGGGCUUUUACCCAAAUUACACUUCUGGGCUCUGUCAGCCAUGUGACUGUAGUCCACAUGGAGCUCUCAGCAUACUGUGCAACAGUUCUGGGAAAUGCCAGUGCAAAGUGGGUGUCAUUGGUUCUACAUGUGACCGAUGCCAAGAUGGAUAUUAUGGCUUUAGUAAGAAUGGCUGCUUGCCCUGCCAGUGCAAUAAUCGGUCUGCCAGUUGUGAUGCCCUCACAGGUGCUUGUUUAAACUGCCAGAAUAGCAAAGGAAAUCACUGUGAAGAGUGUAAAGAAGGAUUUUAUCAGAGUCCUGAUGCCACUAAAGAAUGUCUUCGCUGCCCUUGUUCAGCAGUGACAUCUACAGGCAGCUGCUCUAUAAAAUCGAGUGAAUUGGAACCUGAAUGUGACCAGUGUAAAGAUGGUUACAUGGGCCCGAACUGCAAUAAAUGUGAAAAUGGCUAUUACAAUUUUGACAGCAUCUGUAGAAAGUGCCAAUGUCAUGGCCAUGUGGACCCAGUUAAAACUCCAAAGAUUUGUAAGCCAGAGAGUGGUGAGUGCAUCAACUGCCUCCAUAACACCACUGGGUUUUGGUGUGAGAACUGCCUAGAAGGUUAUGUUCAAGACCUCGAGGGAAAUUGCAUCAAGAAAGAAGUUAUUGUUCCAACACCUGAAGGUUCUACCAUUUUGGUUUCCAAUGCCUCUUUGACCACAUCAGUGCCCACCCCUGUUAUAAAUAGUACUUUUACCCCUACAACCCUACAGACUGUCUUUUCAGUAAGCACUUCUGAAAACAGCACUUCAGCUUUAGCUGAUGUAUCAUGGACCCAGUUUAACAUCAUCAUUUUGACAGUCAUCAUCAUUGUUGUGGUGCUGCUAAUGGGAUUUGUGGGGGCUGUAUAUAUGUACCGUGAGUACCAAAACCGGAAACUCAAUGCCCCCUUUUGGACCAUCGAGCUGAAAGAAGACAAUAUCAGUUUCAGCAGCUACCAUGACAGCAUUCCCAAUGCAGAUGUUUCGGGAUUGUUGGAAGAUGAUGGCAAUGAAGUGGCUCCCAAUGGGCAACUGACCCUGACGACGCCCAUACAUAACUACAAAGCCUAAGGAGCUAGAAAUAUUCUCCUGAAUUGUUAAACCACAGUGCUCAUAAGCAUCAGCCCUUGGGCCAGACAAAGCCUGGCUAGAGUUUGCUGAGAAAGCAAAGGCAAAUAGUGCAUCUGAAAUUUUCAGGUACAAAUUUGUAGUGCGCUUAGCCUAUCUAUUGCUCUUAGUUUUCCCAUGAAGAUCUGAAGCGUUCACUGUCAUUAGGACUGGAAGUAAAGUAUAUUUUUGUACCAAACCACGUGGGAGUAUGGAAAGGCUGAACCCCAUAGUGCAGCCCAAAACCACUUUGACCUCCAGAUAGACUCCUGGGGAAGUGUUCACCAAGCCAGUGGUAACAAGAUGAUGGAUGUGGAGGGGGAAAAGACUGCUGGAAGACUUAAUCUCCAUUCCUGAAACAUUUUUUUAAAAACAGUGUCAGGGAUUAUAUUCAUUUUACUAUACAAAAGGACAUCAUUGAGGAAAAGCUGGUUUCUAGGCUGUAUCACAAUAAAUAAUCUUGAUAGUUUCUAGAAUAGGGAUAGAAAAGUCCCAUGAUCUUCAGAAGGGCUUGGUUUUUUCCUCCUAGGAUUCUUGCUCAGUGAUGAGAUGAAAGCACAGGAUAAGCUUCUAAUGGAGGAAGGCAGCAUUGGGGAGCAGGAGGCUGAUGGUCCUCCUCAGGGUCUCAGUGUAAAUGAUUAAUUGUCUAAAAGUAAGGAAUAUUCCUGCCUCUAAAGAAAUAAGGUGUACAUAGUUAAUGUAGCAUAUCUGGUCAACAUUGUAUUUGUAUCUAUUUGUAAAAAAAAUCAUGUCAUAUUUUAUCAUCUGGAAUUUAUUUGUACAGCAGUUAAUGGUGUUGUAAAAAGAAUAUGGGGAUUGCUUAAAAUACUGUAAAAUAGAUGGCAAUAUUGCUAGAGCUGGGACUCUGGUGAGCAUCAGUCAUUUUUAGUCCCUCUUGAGGACAUUGCUGAAAUUUAUAAGAGGUCGAAUGUUUCUAAUCUUUCUUUCCUUUCUCAGUCUAAAAGUAGAGUUAUAUGCUCUUUGACUUACUAUGAUUCAAGCAAUAGAUUUUGAAGUCAAUAAUCAUUAAGCUGGGACAUAGGAUGCAUUCUCCAAAAACAUUAAGUAGACACUAGCUACCCUAUAUAUUUUACAUAGAUUAAUAUAAAACAUAUCCUCAUUAAAAAAUGUUUUUCUUGAAUGUAAAAGAUAGUCUUCCAAAGGAUAGAAAUAUUUUGGUUCCAAGAGAAAAGCCAUCAUAUUACUUGGGAUCUGUAGUUUUCAUGCCUGUGAAAUAUUUAUAAUCUCUCCCUCACCCCAAAUAAAAAAUCUCCUACAUGUGAACAUAGCCUGUCACUCAUUUGCCAUGAGGUAUGUGCCAUCUCCCUGCAGUGCUGUAGUUCUCCCAUCGUCUUCCUGUCUGAUUAGUGGGUAGCUUUGUAGAUGGGUAUAUAGUUAGUUGUUGCUUUUUGAUGCAGUUUUUUUCCUAGAGGCUAACUACUGUUGCUCUCAUUUAUUAUGAUAUUGACAUUUUGGGUUAAGCAAGGUGGGUGGGAAAGGUGGUCAGAAGUCAAAUAUAACUUAUUAGGAGGAACAGUGAACUGUGAAGUGGUUAGAAGAAAAAUAAAAACUUAUUAGAUUAGACCUAGGAAAUCCAAGCUGACCCCUUUGCCUAACUUCCCUAGAGAAAAACCUAGAACUUGGUCAUCCCUUUAUAGGAGACCCCUAAGUUGUUCUCAGGGUUUGGAGAUGAUGUUCUUUGCAUAUUUGGCCAUUGCUCAGAAGAAUAGAGGUUACAUUAUAUUACAUUAUAUGAAAAUUAUUUAGUUUUUCUAUAGCCCUUUGUAGUUUGCAAAGCACUUUUCCAUAUGUGUGUCCUCUCUUCCACACCAUAGCUCCCUGAGGAAGUAAUUGUUCUCCCCAUUUUAUAGAUGAAAAGACCGAGGCACAGAGGAGCUAAAUGUCUUGUUCAAGGCUAUACAAUGUAUGUCAUUAUUAGGCUUGGAAUCAGGGCUCCUAACUCUAAAGCACAUGUUUUUUUCAACUAUAUGCAGAAAUUGCCUAGCCAUGGACACAAGAAAGCUAGGAGGAAGAGUUCUACUUGUGGAUGUUUUUUAUUUUUUUUAAAUAUCAGGAGCAAUCCAGGGCCAUACAACCAUGAAGCACUUAGCGAAAUGAACACAGGAAGAUUUACUAUCUGAAGCUAGUGUUAGUGAUUAGAAAACAAAACUGCUAGUUUUGUGCUUCAUUAAGGUGAACUCAUCUUUCACGCAGGGAGGGAAAACUUGCUUUCCCUAGCAGUUGCUGCAUAUGUGUGUACAGACUGCACAAUUCAAAGAAAUUGUGCAAAAUGGCAUACCUGACUUUCUCCCAGUUACACCGCCCCCCCCCCCCCCCAAAAAGGUCAGGAUUAAAGGUAGUGAGAAGUGAACAUUUAUUAAACAGAAGUUAAACCAAUAGAGAAAGGAGGUUUGUUGGAGUCUAAGAGGAUUUUGACCAUGUAGAAAUUCCUUGAAACAGACCUUAAAAAGUAUUGAAAAAUUGAAUCACAAAGGAAGUUUACCUUUAAAUAUUUCUUAAUGGCUCCUAGGUUAUGGUUAUAAUUUUUCUCAAUGGGAAAAAAAGUCUUAACAUUUGUUUUAAAUAAUAUCCUCUAAUGUCUCCAGCUUUUUGCUUCUGGAAAUAAUUUGCUUUAAAAUAUAAACCAAUCACGAAGUGAUCUACCACUGAAAUCAGUCUAGGAAACUAGUAUGGGAUGCACUGCACAAUGUUCUUUCCUCUAAAGGCAUGAGCCCCAUAAACUGUGGCAUCCAGCAGCAGGAUACCAUCUGUCCUUCAGAAAGCCUAAUAUUGGGCCGGGUGUGGUGGCUCACGCCUGUGAUCCCAGCACUUUGGUAGGCUGAGGCGGGUGGAUCAUGAGGUCAGGAGUUCGAGACCAGCCUGGUCAACAUGGUGAAACCCCGUCUCUACUAAAAAUACAAAAAUUAGCUGGGUGUGGUGGUACGUGCCUGUAGUCUCAGCUACUCGGGAGGCUGAGGCAGGAGAAGCACUUGAACCCGGGAGGCAGAAGUUGCAGUGAGCCGAGACGGUGCCAUUUCACUCCAGCCUGGGCGACAGAGCAAGACAGCAUCUCAAAAAAAAAGGAAAACAAAAAGGAAGCCUAAUAUUGGGAGAAUGUUUGUGUAAGGAUUGGAAAUGUGUUUAUUUUUAAAUACGAUAGCACUGAUGUGAAUCUUAUUUGGAAAUUACAGAUACUGCCAUUAAGCGAUGCUUUUAUCUUCAUUAAUUCAUUUUAGUCAACGCCUAUGCAUUUCUGAUGGUUAGGUGCCCUAGGUAGUGUUAAGUAUGUCCUUGUCCUCCCUUACUCCCCUCUCAUUCCCUCUACCCUCUGUCCCCCAGGGUUCUUUUAUUAAUAGAAUUUCUGCAGUUACAGAGAAAAAAAUGACACUUGAAAACUAAAGCUCAUUUAUAUUAACACUAAGGUCCUGUGGGCCUAGUGCAUUACUCUUCCCAGUGAUACCUAGAUUUAAAGAGUAGAGAACAGACAAAACAUGGGAUGAGAGGAGAGAGGUUUUUUAGACAACAUUUGUAGACACCUCAAAUUAUAUCACUAUUCUCUAGCGCCAAUAUUCCCAGGUAAAUUGACCAUUAAAGCAAUACUCACUGACCUACUAGUUUAUUUUGGUCAGCUGAGUGCCAUCAGGAUCGUUAGCCCUUUAAGUGCUGUUUUGGGAGUAGAGAAUCCUCUUGACAGCUUUGAUUAGAACAGGGUUAUUAGAUCAUUCACUUUUAUCCUACACUUUUUAGGAUGCUUGGUGAACGUAACACCACUUAAAAUGAACAUACCUGCUUCCGAUAUUUUGGGCUAGGUGGGUAGGAAUUGAAUUUCCACAUCUCAAGGCAAGGUCUCUGACAAAAAGUUCAGAGAAGUAAAAGGCAACCCAGUGUAACCUAUUACAGCAAGAAAAGCAUUUCUGGCUUCAUCCACAAAGAACCUUUGGUCUGUUAUACUCUUCUUGAUAGUAAGGAGUUUGGGAGCUUAAAUGAAUUUGGUGUGUGUGGGGGAGUAAGGGAAGGUUAGUGCAUUUUUCUGUUUAACCCUGAGCCAGUGUCUAUGCCAAAGGGAAAGGCAGGAAGAAUACACUCAUACAUCUGAAGAAGUCAAAUAAUAUCAAACGGACCAAAGGUUAUGGAUCAUUAAAAUGUCAGUGGUUGAAUGAUGUUUGCUCAAAGGCAAUAUGGGAAUCUUUCUUGUUACUUAUGCAUAUGCAGUAACUGCAGCAGCAGCCCUAGAAAGUGAGCCCAGGGCUUCAGAUCUAAGUUAGUCCAAAAGCUAAAUGAUUUAAAGUCAAGUUGUAAUGCUAGGCAUAAGCACUCUAUAAUACAUUAAAUUAUAGCCCGAGCAAUUAGAGAAUGUUUCUGAAACGUUAAACUUGUAUUUAUGUCACUAAAAUUCUAACACAAACUUUAAAAACGUGUCUCAUACAUAUGCUGUACUAGGCUUCAUCAUGCAUUUCUAAAUUUGUGUAUGAUUUGAAUAUAUGAAAGAAUUUAUACAAGAGUGUUAUUUAAAAUUAUUAAAAAUAAAUGUAUAUAAUUUGUACCU